AUGGAUUCGCAGACUGCAGCAGCUGCUGGCCAUGCACUGGGCCACGGCACUUCUUCACAAAGCAAUGCGUCUGCCAUUGGCUGGCAAGCUGCGCGUGUGCUGCAGCGGACGAGGCAGAGCUGCCCUGCGACGAUUGUCGAGCUGUACGAGACGAGCGGGUGCUGCGUUGAGGUCUCACAGCAGCAGCAGCAGCAGCAGCACAAUCAGCAGCACUCACAGCAGCAUCAUGGACAGCAUCAUGGACAGCAUCAUGAUGGUGGGCAGCUACUGUACUUUCCGUAUAGCGAGUGCGUUGGCGUCCAUCCUCAUGCGCUUCGACCAGGCGACGCAGUGCUCGUCGACAUUGUCCACUUUGCACUUGCCUCCGACGCAAGCAGCACAGGCAGCACAAGUAGCACUGAUGGUGGUGGCUCGUUCGUUGGAGCGGCGCACGUCCGGCCGCACAGCCCAGACGAUGCUGUUCGCCAGCCAGCCGCACAAGAAGCCAGCAGCACGACCAUUGCCACUUCCUCAUCAGGAUCAGGAUCAGGAUCAGGAUCAGGAUCAGGAUCAGGAUCAGGAUCAGGAUCAGAAACAUCAUCAUCGUCGUCGUCGUCGGAGCCUGCACUGCAACGGCGCCCUGCCGCUCUGGUCGCAGAGGACAACGCGCGGGUCGUCGACGGAAGUACGCCAAACGAGCUCGUUCGCGGCGUCGUUGAGCGUCUCCCCUUCCAACAGCCGCACGCGGCGCAAGCCACAGCAGGAGGCAAGGCGCAGUCCAACCAGCAGCGCGGCGGCGCAAGCGAAUGGCUGGGUCUGGAUCUGUACAAUGGCAAACUGGGCUUCCAAGUGAGCCAGACCGCCACGAGCGCUGGAUCCGAUGCUGCUUCCACCUCUACUGCAGGUCAAUCGACUGGUGGGGACGACGAAAAUGCAAGCGAGGCGGACGCCGUCGACGGAGUAUCAAGUGCGUCUGGUUCUGGUUCUGGUUCUGGUUCUGGUUCUGGUUCUGGUUCUGGUGCAUCGCGCCGGAUGGUCGCUGCAUUCAGUCUCGCAGACGUAGUUGCAUCAUCGGCAGGUCUGUCAGUCGGCGACACGGUCGAGUUCAAUCUGGUGCCGAAAUCGCGGGCCAAUCCACGACGCAGGGCUGUCAACAUUCGUCUCGUGGAGCGCGGAGAAGACCCGCGAGUCCAGGGCCACGUCCGGGCCAUCAAGACAAACUAUGGCUUUAUUGAGCGCGCAGACAUGGACGAGGACAUUUUCUUCCAUUUUCGAGCGGUCGACCCGAGCGUCGGCGAGCUGAAACCCUCCGACGAAGUGGAUUUCAUUCCCAUCAAGCGAUCCGGUCAGCUGGUUGCGAGCGCCAUCCGCUUGCUGCCCCGAGGGACGAUCGUGCUCGAGUCGCUCUCCGAGGAGCGCCUGCAAGGCCUCGUGAUUGAGUCUGCGAUUUCCAGCAGUCGCUUGCAGCAACGUCGCGAGGACUCGUCCGAUUCUGCCUCCGGGUCAUCCUCAUCCUCGAUCAGCGAGGGACGGACAGAUUCCAAAGGCGCGGCCGCGCUUGGCUGUUUGCGUCAAUUGAAAGAUCCGUUCCAACCGCGCCCUGUUGUUUCACCUCCUCAGCCGACACUGGACGUGGAGCUCCCCACAAUUGGAACCAGCAUUUCGUUCAGCGAUGCUGCUUGCAGUCAGUCAGCGACCCCGAUCCGCGCCGGUGAUGUUGUGGAGUUUUCCUUGGUGGCCAACAAGCGAACAGGCAAGACGCGCGCUACCAACAUGACGUUGAUCGAGUCUUCCCGCCAGCACUCGGCGCGCGAACAAGGCGUCCUGACGUGGGUUGACGGCAACACUGGCUGGCUCUCGAGCUUGCAGCGCGAAGACCCAUGUGUUCUCCGCUCUCACGAGGUCUCUGCUGACUACAAACCCCGUGUCGGCGACGAAUUUGAGUAUAAUGUGCACCAGACCAAACGGCCCGACAAGCCCCUUGUGGCGCUGUAUGUGACUUUGCUUCCUCGGGGGACCGUCAAGCUGGAAAGCGCGAGCGAAACCCCAAUGGAAGGCGUUAUUGAGGCAUGUCCGGGGCGAGCCUCAGAGCCAGGCCGCGUUCGCUUUACGCCGGCCGACGGCUCUGCCGAGCGUCAAGCCGAGUACACUGCCAAGGACACGCUGGCUCCACGCACGUCCACUCCGCGGGUGGGAGACACUGUCCGAUUCACCCUAUCGACGCACCGGCGAACCGGGGUCGAGCGAGCAGUGUCCAUCUCACUGGUCAGGCGCGCAGAUGAAAUCAUCGAGCAG